AUGUUUGCAGCAGCCAGCCAAGAAGAUAGUCUGAAAGACCUCAGCCGUGCAGCAGAGUCAUUCUGGGAGAGAGGACAAUUGGCGCAAGCCGAGGGAACCGCACGGCGUGCCCUGGCCGGGCAGAAACAGCUUCUUGGGGAUGGCCAUCGCGAAACUUUGACAACAGCCACUACACUGGCAGGGAUCCUAAAGCAGCAGGACCGCGACGAUGAAGCUGCAACACUGUACGAAAACAUCCUGCAAACGGCUGACGAGGUCCUCGGCGGCGAGGACCUUGUUACCUUGCGGGUCCUCAAUGAUUUCGGUUUACUUUUACAGCAACAAAGAAAAUAUGACGCCGCGCGUCGAAUGCAUGAACAAGCCGUGAGGGCGUAUAUUGCGCACUAUGGCGAAGAGCACAGUUCCAGCAUUACCAGCAUGACGAAUCUGGCACGAGUGAUGAAGGCUCAACGUGACUACAAGGAGGCAGAAGACCUAUUUCGACAUGGACUGGCACUUCGCGAGAACCUCCUGGGAGUCACGCAUCCUGAAACCAUGGAUAGUGUACGUUUCUUGGGCGAACUCCUGCUGGAGACGGACAGAGGAGAGCAGGCGGAGUCGCUGGUCAGGGAGACCGCCGGUCGACAGCUGGCACUGAUCGGAGAAAAUAGUACAGACUUGCUACAGUGUAUGAGCAGUUUUGCGAUCCUGAUGCAGGAGCAUGGUCGCACGGAUGCCGCCGUCGAUAUCGCCAAGCAAGCACUCGAGACUAGAAGACACUGGAAGGAUAAGCACGCCCUAGAUACUGUAGAUCCCAACACGCUCACGUCACUGAAUAAUCUGGCAAACGUGCUACAGAGCUGCGGUCACCACUCCUCCGCCGAGGAAAUCCACCGAGAGGUCCUCGAAGGGUCACUUUUGGUCCUGGGACCCGAUCAUCCCAAUACACUGUCAACGUGCAGUAAUUUGGCUGGGGUACUAGAGAAACGCGGUGCGUUCGCCGAGGCAGAAGACCUAAACCGACAGGCGUAUCAGGGACGAGCCAGGAUACUUGGCCCUGAACAUUCCAGGACAAUAGCUAGCAUGGCGGACCUGGUGGAUGUGCUGGCAUGGCAGGAAAAGUGCGUCGAGGCGACAGAACUAAACAGUUCUCUGGUCGAUGUGAAGCGGAAAGUGUUGGGUGCGGAUGACCCCUCGACGCUGUGGAGUAUGUUUACUCUUGGAAUGCUCUAUGAGCGCCAGGGGAAUCUGCGUACUGCGCGGAAUAUGUUCGACACUGCAUUAGCGGCAGCAAAGGCUGCCUGUCCACCAGAUCACCCUGUCCGCAGGUCGUGCGAAGCUGCUUGUUACAGACUCAAAGACGUUGAAGACACUCGUGAUUAG